AUGUUGAAGUUGUUGAAAUCUGCGUCACCAGCAGUGUCGCGUGCCUCUCGCACUACCACUGGUCGUUUGGCUGUCCGUGGUCUUCAUGUAGCCAAGCCUGCCAUGCAGGUCAUGUCUACUAACCCUCUCCGUGCUACAGAGGCUUCGGGUUCCAUUGCAAGCAAAUACCCCAUUAUUGACCACGAGUAUGAUGCUGUUGUUGUUGGUGCUGGUGGUGCUGGUCUCCGUGCUGCUUUCGGUCUUGCCGAGGCUGGCCUGAACACCGCAUGUAUCACAAAGCUCUUCCCCACUCGUUCCCACACCGUUGCUGCCCAGGGUGGUAUCAAUGCUGCUCUUGGAAACAUGACUGAGGAUGACUGGAGAUGGCACAUGUACGAUACCGUCAAGGGAUCUGACUGGCUCGGUGACCAGGACGCUAUUCACUACAUGUGUCGUGAGGCCCCUCACACCGUUGUCGAGUUGGAGCACUAUGGUGUGCCCUUCUCCCGUACCCCUGAAGGCAAGAUCUACCAGCGUGCUUUCGGUGGUCAGAGUCUUAAGUACGGCAAGGGUGGCCAGGCCUACCGCUGUGCUGCCGUCGCCGAUCGUACCGGUCACGCUAUCCUCCACACCCUUUAUGGCCAGUCCCUGCGUCACAACACAAACUACUUUAUUGAGUACUUUGCCCUCGAUCUGAUCAUGGAAGACGGCGAGUGCAAGGGUGUCAUUGCCCUCAACAUGGAGGACGGUACCCUUCACCGUUUCCGCUCCCACAAGACUGUCUUGGCCACCGGCGGUUACGGUCGAGCCUACUUCUCCUGCACCUCUGCCCACACCUGCACUGGUGACGGAAACGCAAUGGUUGCCCGCGCUGGCUUGCCCCUCCAGGAUCUCGAGUUCGUCCAGUUCCAUCCUACCGGUAUCUACGGUGCCGGCUGUCUCAUCACCGAGGGUUCGCGUGGUGAGGGUGGUAUCCUGAUCAACUCUGCUGGUGAGCGUUUCAUGGAGCGUUAUGCCCCUACCGCCAAGGAUCUGGCCUCCCGCGACGUCGUCUCGCGUGCCAUGACCGUCGAGAUCAAGGAAGGCCGUGGUGUCGGUCCCGAAAAGGACCACUGCUACCUCCAGCUCCACCAUUUGCCCCCUGCCGUCUUGCACGAGCGUCUGCCCGGUAUCUCUGAGACCGCUGCCAUUUUCGCCGGUGUCGAUGUCACCAAGGAGCCCAUCCCCGUCUUGCCCACUGUCCACUACAACAUGGGUGGUAUCCCCACCCGUUAUACCGGUGAGGUCAUCAAGGUUGAUGCCGAAGGUAAGGACCACGUCGUUCCCGGUCUCUAUGCCGCCGGUGAGGCCGCCUGUGUGUCCGUCCACGGUGCUAACCGUCUCGGUGCCAACUCGCUCCUCGAUAUCGUCGUCUUUGGCCGUGCUGUUGCCCACCACAUCGCCGAAACUCUCGAGCCCAACACCCCCUUGAAGCCCUUCGCUGCCGAUGCCGGUUCCGAGACCAUUGCCAACCUCGACAAGCUUAGACACGCCGAUGGUGACAAGUCCACUGCCCAGAUCCGUCUCCACAUGCAGAAGGUCAUGCAGUCUGAUGCUGCUGUCUUCCGUACCCAGGAGACUCUCGAUGAAGGUGUUGUCAAGAUUGACAAGGUCUUCCAGGAGUUCAAGGACGUCAAGGUCACUGACCGUGGCAUGAUCUGGAACACCGAUCUUGUUGAAACCCUCGAGCUCCAGAACUUGUUGACCUGUGCUGCUCAGACCAUGCACUCUGCUGCUGUCCGUACUGAGUCCCGUGGUGCCCACGCCCGUGAUGAUUGCCAGGAUCGUGAUGAUGAGAAGUGGAUGAAGCACACUCUCUCGUGGCAGGAUCAGGAAACCGGUGAGGUCAAGUUGAGCUACCGUUCCGUAACUGCUACAACCCUUGAUGAGGCCGAGUGCAAGCCUGUUCCUCCCUUUGCUCGUGUCUACUAAACCAUUAUAAACUAAAGAAACAAAGGAAAGAAACAACACAAGAAAAAGAGAGAGAAACAAAAAUACUUGAAAAGAUAAUAUUAAGUGAUUAUUAUUAUUAUUACUGUUCUUUUUCUUAUUGAAUUCUUGUAAUGUUUUUUUUUAUAUAUCUAUUUUCUUGUUCUUUUUGUAUUUUAUUUUUAUAUAAUACAUAUAUACAAAAGUAAUCUUUCCUGCAUUAAGAAUGAAAAGAACAAGAAAUUAAAAAAAAUACAUAUAUAUAUAUACAC